AUGUUUCUGUUUAUGUUGCUAUCAUAAACAUUAGCUUGUUCAGGUACACAUAUGAAUAUUAUCUAGAUCAGAAUUGCGUAGAAUGUAAUUAAACUACAAUUUGCACUGCUUGUGUAUCAAUAUUGACCAAACUCUUAGGUUUCUCCCCUAAUAUUAAGCAAUAAUCAAUGUGUUUCCAGUUGUCCAACAAAUUAUUAUCCUGACUCUAUAAAUAAUGUGAGAUAGUGUUUAAAAUGCAAUGACAAAUGUUUGGAAUGUUUUAAUGGCACACCAUCUGGUUGUACUAAAUGCAUGAAGCCUUUAAGAUUAAUGUGUGGCAAUUGUAUUGAUAGUGUAGCAGAUUCUGGUUGUUCUGAUUGUAGUUCUUAAUGUGUAAUAAUACAAUCAAAUAUUUAAGAUAACAUGUUUUGGCAGAACUUCAUCCGAAUGCUAUCUUUGUAAACUUCCUAAUUUCCAUUCUCCAAACACAAACAGUUGUGAAUUAAUAUGUGAAUAUCCAUUAUAUGGAGAUGUGAAUGACUUCUAGUGUAAAAACUUUUGUCCUUCAGGCACUUAUGGUUAACCAAUCACAAGAUAAUGUUUGCCAAAUUGUCCAGAUCCUUAUUUUAAAAAUUAAUUGAAGACAAAUUGUGUGAAAGAAGUAUAUCUAUUAUUAAAAUAUCAAGUGUCCAAUAGGUACAUAUCCCGAAGAUAAAUCUUGUUUAAUUUGUCAUACAAGCUGUGAAACAUGUUCUGGUGGAAAAUCAACAGAUUGUAUAUUCUGCAAAGAAGGAUUAUAUAUGAAUAACAAAUAGUGUGGAUAAUGUGAAAAAAUGUAAUACUCAAAUAAUGAAACAAGAACAUGUGUAGAUUUCAUUACAUAUUCAUUAAAUAUUUUAGAAGCUUAUGAUUCAACAAUAGUAUUUGAAAUUUCAUUUUCAAGCAGCAUAAAUCCAGAUACUCUUGAUCUUAAAUCUUAAAUAAAUGUUAUGGAUAUAGAUAGUUCAUAAUAUUAAAUGUAAAUAAUAAUUUAAAUUUUUUAGGACAUUAAGUUCUGUUUAAGAUGAUUAAUUCUAUAUCAUUACUUUAGAUUUUGAUAUAUCUCAUAGAAAUACUUAAAUCUAUUGUAAUUUUACUAACAAUAUUAUGAAUGAAAUUAAUACUCCAAUUCUAUUUUCAUCUGCAAUUUAAGAUUUAUAAAUACCUGCAUAAUUUAUACCACCAUCAUAGGAAGCCAAUAGUAAUUCUAUUAAUACUUAUUUAAUCAUAAGUUAUUUAUCUUAUUUUUGCUUUUUGUUUCUACUUUGUUUAAUUUUAAGAACCUAAAGAAGAAUGUUUUACUUAAUUAUCAACAAUUUAUAAUUCAUUUAAGUAAUGAUUUUUAUCAAUUUUACUUUUUCAACACUUACUUUGAAUUCUCUUUAACUUUUGGAUAUUGUAAAUUUAAGGAGAAUACCAGCAUUAGGUAUUUCAUAUGAUGGUACAAUUUUAUAUUUCUUUAAUACACCAAUUUAUAAUUAAAUUCCAAACAAUAAUUUUCUUUAUAAUGCAGGUUAUUAUUAUAAUUUCAUAGCUAAUGGAGGAAUAUAAAUUCUAGGAAUUUUAAUUAUAUUUUGGGUUAUAUGGAUAAUUAGCUAUAUUUUACAUAAUUUAUAUUAGAUAAAUAAUAAAAUAGAGACAUUAAAGUUUUAUAGAACAAUGCUUGAAGGUAGUAGUGAUUUAUUAGUUCGUGUUCAUGAGUUUCUCUAUUUUCCAUUAAUUCUUAUUUCCAUUUUAUAACUUUGGGGAUAUGAUUUUAGUUCUGAUAUCAAUAUAGCUUCAUUUGUUUUGUCAAUUGUUACUAUAUUAUACUAUCUAUUAUAUUUCAGAAGUGUAUACAAAUCAUAAUUUCUUGAUAUUGAUCAAUAAGAAAUGGAAAAUAAAUAUUUUACAUUCUUUUCAGAUUUCAAAUAAUCAAAUGAAAUCAAAAAGAAUUAUGAAUUUAUUAAUUACUUUUUAAAAACUAGUAAUGCAUGUUCCCUUAUAUUCCUCAAUAGUUUUCCUUAUAUUUAAUUUUCAAUUUCAUUUACUUUGAUUUCACUCUACUUCAUACUUUUAAUACAAAGAAGACCAUAUUUAAGAAAUAUUAUGAAUUAUUCAGCUAUAUUUGGAUAUUUAAUUAUUAUUGGAUUGUAUACUACAACAAUUAUAUCAGAAUUAGAGUAUCAAGCUAAAAUUAAUAAUAUUGCUAUUACAAAUGAAGAUGUUGAAAAAUAAUACAAUUUUGGAUUAUCAUUUAUGAUAUUAAUUUAGAUUGUCUUAGGAUUCUAUGCAAUCACUUUUAGUUAUAAUAAAUUACAAGAUUAUUUAAAAUUUUUAGAAAAAAAACCAGAUUGGGGAAAGAAUUUUUUAUAAAAGAUGGAAAAAAUCAUGUUUUCAGAUAAAAUUCAAGAAGUAGAAAUGGGUAAUAUGUCAUUAACAAAUUGA